CGACAGGACUGAUGACCUCACCGUGACUUCGCAAUGUACAAAGUCUGGGCUUAGCAUGAUGAUCGUCAGAAGAAUGAUUGAUAGUCUUUCUCCACACCUAUAUUUCUUCACCAGUCAGUACAUCUUCUGGAUGCUUAUCUGUCUGCGCCCUGUGUGCACACAAGAGAGAAAAAUCACUUGCAGCAUACCAUCAGUCCCGCCCUUACAUGACACAGUCCUGACAUGUCACUUCCCAGAAGACCUCAGUCUCACCAAGAAAGAUUUCACUGUUUACCACAAUGUUCAGCAUGACAUUCCAGAAUCUGUGUUAGACUGCUGGUGGAUAAAGGGAGUUCUAGACUGUUACACAAAACCAGGGUUCAAGUUUGAUAGGAGAGUCAGCCAAACCCUGAACACUACAAUCCACAAUGUUACCAUGGCAAGCACAGGCUCCUACACCUGUCAGGUCGCCGGCUACGCUUCGAGUUUUUUGGAAACUUGCGAACUCAGUUUGAAACCUGUUUCAGGUAGCAAAAUCAAGUGCAGCCUUUCCAGUACAACGCUCACCUGUCUGUUUGACCAAGAUGUCCAGAAAACCCAGAAACGUUUCGCUGUGUACCGACACAAUGCCAAAGAGAACCAAAGUGUGGUUAACUGCUCCUGGAAAGACGGUAUAUUAUAUUGUCAUGUAGAAGAUGGUUACUUCUUCGAUAAAGAAGUCUCCUCCUAUAUACAAGUCGAGAUCCCAAGCACUGACACGAAAGUAGAUGCCUACACUUGCUUGUUGGAAGGAUCUGAUGCUGAUGAACUGGCAAUGUGUUUCUUGGAAACUGAGAGUAAAGAGGGACACAUCAUAUGUACUAUCCCACCAGUAAAAAUGUCCCAGGACGCGGUUCUGUCAUGCAACUUUCCAGAAGACCUGAAUGUGACCAAGAAAGACUUUGCAAUAUACCACUACCUGAACAAUAAUAGAGAUGAUAUUCUAGACUGCUGGUGGCUUAGGGGUGAAAUGACCUGCUCUGCAAAACCGGAUAUCGUGUAUCAAACAAGUGUCAACAGAUCCUUCACUAUUUCUCUUCUCAAUGUGUCGUCAACUCACACAGGACAAUAUGCUUGUCAGGUGGCUAACUACGACCCAACUUUAAUUAAAACCUGCCACCUUCAAAUUAAGUUUGAUGCAAUAGAGGAUCGCGAAAAUACUUUGGCUGUCGUGGUGUCAAUAGUUUUGGUAGGUGCUGUUCUUUUGGCAAUUCUGAUCAUCGUUGUGAUGCUGAAACGUAGAAGGCGAUGCAGAUGCAAGAGAAAAGAUGGGACUGAAAGCCAAGAAGACCAACCAAUGAUUGCCAUAAAUGACAAAAAAGUGACUGUGGAGUUUCAAGAAUUUCUGUUAAAGAAAGUCAGAGAAAUAUUCCCAGACAUGCGUAACACCUGCUACUUUGUGCCUUCAAUCUACUUCAACAAAACUCGAUAUAAAACAGAAACUGUGGCCGGUCAAGUUGUUUACAUUCCUGAUCCUCCAGACCCCGGUGAUGUACAGUACAACCAAGUCAUGCAAAAAGUUUUGCUUUGCUUGCGCAACAUCGUGAAAACUAAACAUGAACGAAUGUUUGUUCUCACAAAUUUUAACUACGACGACUACUUGAACAACCCUGACCAUAGUUUUAUAAAACAUGGCCUGCCUGUACCUGCUGGUCUGAAAAAACAGAAAGGAGACAACGAGAUCAGUUGUGUUGAUUUUCUGAUCAUCCAUCGGCGGUACGGGGUGGUGGUUGGGGUGGUAAAGACUGUUAGUGACAAGGAUGACGGAAGUGAGGAUAGAAAGAAGAAAAUUGAUCACCUGAUGGUCACAGAGGUGUCUGAAGCUAUUCUACAACUGACAAAGGCAGUUCGUAUGAUAAAACAUCUCAUUUCAGACCAAAAUCACCCUCUAAAAGUUCGACAGACCAUAGUUUUACCCAGCGCCGCGAGUUCCACGCUAAACCGCGUUCUUCACAAUCACCCUGACCUGGCUCAGAAGCUGCGCAAGUGCUUUCAAACCAAAGACGUCCCAGUUCACCUAUGCCUAUGUGGCGACUCUCCUCUGAUGACCUGGUGGGGCAGCUUGAUGACUAAGUCUACAGAUGACUGUAUUAUGAAAGAUGAUCUGUAUGAAUGCUUGAUAGCAAGAUUCUGUGGGCCUGCUACUACAUCUGCUGUAGACAUUCCAAGAACACCCGAUGGCCUUCAAGUGCCGAAGACUGUGGACCAAGCCGUGUCCGUGAUCGGAGACUUGUUUGAUCGUUGUACACUGUACCCGGGUAUGACAGACCUCAUCCAGGAGCCUCGGGUGUUUCUUUCAGGACCACCAGGCACAGGAAAAACCAGGCUACUGGGUCUUGUGGGACGGAAAUGGUUAUCUGAAGGUCAUGUGGUGCAAAUAGUUAACACUUCAACUGAACUUACUUCUUCAACACUACAACUAGUAAAGAUUCUGCAAGAGGCACAAUCAUCAGGCAUUUCACCGAACGGAAUGGUUGUCAGCUUAAAUUGUAACACAAAGAGGAGAAAGGAUAUCCGUGACCUGAUUACCAACCUAAAAGCAACUGCAGGCGAAAAAUCUGUUUGUGUACUUGUUGAUGACCUGGAGGUUAAUGCGGAGAAGUCACAGCAGAUUCACAAGUUUUUUAAAAGCCUACUUAUGAUAUUGCCUAAUAUCAACUGCUGGGCAAGCAGCUGCAGCACUGAGAACGCGCCAGAAGGUUGGCGGUCAGAGGUUCUCACCAUACCUAUAAGCUGUCCGCCAACAGUACUACGAGAGGCGAUGAAAGAAAAACGUAUUCCCGGCGUACCACCCUAUUCAGAGAUCAAGUUUACACCACCUACUGAAGGCAUGCCUGUGAUAAGCAUUCCUCACGAGCUUUGUCCAUCUAGCAGGCACAUUGAUUAUAAAAUGUGUGGAAAAGAAAUCCUGAAAUUUUUAUCACAAGUUCUUCGCAUUUCUGGCAUCGGCGCAAAUCCUGGGACGAUGGACACGCUUGCCUUGGAACAUCAAAGGCAAUACAGACAACCAACAGCUCUCCAGUACAGAGACCUUUUAAUGUUGUUUGAAGACGAUGUCACACAGUUUAUGCCUGUGGUUACUGCUUUUAAAGAAUCCGGAAUCCCUGUGCAGAUUAUUGACUACAAGAACCAAGAGGAUGUGUUAAAUAAUAAUCUUGUGGUUGCCGCAAACGCCGGCUUCUUGUUAGGAAUUAAAAGAAAAGUGGUUAUUUAUGUUAAAGGAAAUACAGAGCCAUCAGACAUCUCUGUGAGCUGGAACAAACUGCGAAGUAUAACCAACUGUACUUCCCAACUAGUGUUGGUUUCUGAACCUUUCGAAUAUUUUAUGAAUAAACUUGUAACAGUAGCAGAAAACGUUUUUACAAAUUUGUUUGGUCCUAUUUAGGCUUCUGUUACAAACAAUGUUGUGAAAACUAGAUGGACUAUCAAAUAUGGUUUGCAAAGGGACUUUGCUUAUCUUUCGUCACUUUUGAUUGGCCUGAUGUUCCUAAGGGAGUCCUGUUAUGCCGAGUUAUAUGUUUAAAUGGGAAGUCGACUGUGUACACAGCCAUUGGUUGUCUUGUCGAAUAUAAAUUAGGAGACAUUACUUCCGAUUCUUCGUCUGGAAUGCACGCACUUUUCUCUAAUUCAUAAAUCGAUCUGAAAGCUAUGUUUAACAUAUCGAUGCUUGAUGUUGUCACAUUACUUUGUUUUUUACCCUUUUUCUCAAUCUGCACAUCUAAGGGUAAAAGUUAAUGACAUUUAUUAGCCCUAACCUUUGCAGGUAAUAGACUGUCGAACUAGCGUGUAUACCAUUAGCUAUAGUGGCAAGUUCAAUUUAGCCAUUUCUGUAAUCCUUAUGUGGAUUUUUUUUAUUGCAACUGCUUCGAAUGAGGAUUACGUGUACAUUCAGCAGAAGACCUCUUUGAACUGUUGUUGGUUCAUGCAAAUCAUGCAAAUCAGUGCUUUGCUUUAAAUGUACAUGUUAACCGUAGCGUCUCAGUCCUCGUCUCAAUUUUCUAUGCUCUUGAUAUGUCUGUCAGCACAUUAAAUUUUCGCUUC